GAAAUCUCGCGUUGUCAGGUGGCUGCUGGGAAAUUGGUGCAUGGCGGAAUACUAGCUACAUAGACUCCCGUCGCUGGAGAGAUUGUGACAGGUUCCACUUGAAUGCCGGUUUUUUUUGCCUCAGGGAUUCGGCGGUUUUUACGUUAAGUACGAGUUUUUUUCUUUUCUUUAACCUUGCCAAGUUCAGCGGAACUCCCUCUCUGGAACUCGUGUUUUGCGUGAGAACAGGCUAGUACUACUAGUAGUACAGCUCAGCUGAGUCUUCUCGGAGCCACAUCCAUCCCAUCCGCACACACUCACUCGACUCGCAGACACAGGCGGGCCGCCAGCAGAACGGUACGGCACGGCACGGUACGGAGACACCGGGAAUUCGGGCACAGGGACGCCGCUGAAAGGGACGCCAAUGGCAGACAACAACAGCAUCGAUCAAGGGGCGGAGAUGAAGCACGACAGCACAUCGGGGAUCACAGAUCAGGAAAAGGAGCUGGCGUCCAAUGCAUAUGACGCCUUUACGACAGGAAAUUACGACGAAUCACUGAAGCACCUUUCUAGCCUGCAGGAGCUGAACAAGGAAGACUACAAAAUAUCCAUGAAUAAAGCUGUAGCUGAAUUUUACAAAAGUGGGCAAAUGACCACAGACUGCCUAAAACAAGCACUUACAGCAAUGAAACAUCAGAUUCAUACUUCUGUGGAUGAAAUGGAUGGUUUGGAUGAUGUUGAAAACAGCAUCCUCUACUACAAUCAAGCAAUCAUACACUACUACAUGCGGCAGUACACUGAGGCCAUAUUGAUAGGAGAGAAGCUCUACCAGUUCAUUGAACCUUUUGAAGAGAAGUUUGCUCAGGCAGUCUGCUUCCUGCUGGUGGACUUGUACCUCCUCACGUUCCAGCCGGAGAAGGCCCUCCACCUGCUGGCAGUGCUGGAGAAGCUGGCUGUUCAAGGGAACAAUAAGAACGGCAAAACAGAGGCUGCAGGCAACACCAACAAAGAUGUCAGUAAUCAGAAGACAGAGUACAUUGCUAUGGUGGAGGCUGCCAAGUCAAAAAUCCACCAGUAUAAAGUACGGGCUUACAUACAAAUGAAGUCCCUGAAGGCGUGCAAAAGGGAGAUCAAGUCUGUGAUGAACACUGCUGGAAACUCUGCCCCCUCUCUCUUCCUCAAGAGCAAUUUUGAGUAUCUGAGAGGAAACUACCGGAAGGCUGUGAAACUGUUAAACAGUUCAAACAUCGCAGAGCACCCUGGGCCCAUGAAAACAGGGGAGUGUGUGCGCUGUAUGUUUUGGAACAACCUGGGCUGUAUACAUUUUGCUAUGGGGAAGCACAACCUGGGGCUGUUCUAUUUCAAGAAAGCCCUGCAGGAGAACGAAAACACAUGUGCGCAGAUAGGCGACAGCAGCAACAGGCACUCCAAGCGUUUCUCCGGCAUCCCCAUGUGUGCCUUACUAGCCAACAAGCGCUAUGAACUGCUUUACAACUGUGGCAUUCAGCUACUGCAUAUAGGGCGCCCCCUAGCGGCUUUCGAGUGCCUCAUGGAAGCAGUCCAGGUGUACCAUUCAAACCCGCGGCUCUGGCUGAGGCUGGCUGAGUGCUGCAUCUCUGCCAACAAGGGGAACUCAGAGCAGGAGACCAGGGGCAUCCCCAGUAAGAAGGGUAUCGUCCAGUCAGUUGUGGGCCAAGGCUACCAUCGUAAGAUCAUCCUCGCAUCGCAAUCUGCACAGAACACAGUGUACAGUGACGGACAGACGGCAGCCAUCCCAGUCGCCAGUAUGGAGUUUGCAGCCAUCUGCCUGAGGAACGCCCUCCUCCUCCUUCCAGAGCACCAGCAGCAGGAGCCCAAGGCAGAGAAUGGCUCCAAGAACUCGAGCCAGUCGGGGAGCACAGAGAGCGGCAGCGAGAACAGCGAGAGCUGCAGUGGUAAAGGACAGGAUGGAGACAAGUUUGUCCCUGCACCCCCCUCCUCACCCUUAAAGAAACAGGAACUGGAGAACCUGAGGUGCUCCAUCCUGGCCUGCAGUGCCUAUGUUUCUCUGGCCCUUGGAGACAAUGUCCUUGCCUUGAGCCACGCCGAGAAGCUCCUCCAACAGCCUAAGCUGUCUGGCUCCCUGAAGUUCUUGGGCCACCUAUAUGCAGCAGAGGCCCUCAUCUCAAUGGACCGCAUUUCUGAUGCCAUUACUCACCUGAACCCUGAGAAUGUCACUGAUGUGUUCCUAGGGGUCUCCUCAAGUGAGCAGGACCAAGGUUCAGACCGGGGGGAUGUGGAGCAGACGGAGUCUUCGGGGAAACAGACUCCUCUCUGCUAUCCCAGCACACUAAACUCUGCACGGGCCAUGAUGCUCUUCAACUUGGGCAGCGCGUACUGCCUCAGGAGCGAGUACGACAAGGCCCGCAAAUGCCUGCACCAGGCAGCAUCCAUGGUUCAUGCGAAGGAGAUUCCUCCAGAAGCCAUCCUGCUGGCUGUCUACCUGGAGCUGCAGAAUGGCAACACAGAACUGGCCUUGCAGAUCAUUAAGAGGAACCAGCUCCUCCCAUCAGUCAAGGCACCAUCACCUCCUGAUGGGCGCAAGAAGACAGCCCCCCUCCCCUUCACACAGGUCCAGCGUAAAUGACAAGCUCCCCACUGUCCUUUUAUCAUCAAAUGCACAUUUAUACAGAUGGAAAACCCACCGGUGGCUAGCUCAUAUCUCCUCCGUACAUAGUGGUGCAUGUUAUGUACAUCUCAGCUGCUGUGUCUAGCAGUCCCCUGUAUUUUUUUUUUUUAUUUGUGAGAACUGGCUGUUUUGCUGGGAAAUACUGUAUACCUUUUGGGAAGUUUCCAUGUAAAACCAUUUCUUUACUGCCGUCUGUGUUUGCUUUUCUCCGGUGGUUCACAGUAUUUGAUUUUAAUGCUUUUUACCACUGAGGGUAUAGGGAAUGUCCUUGUGGAAAACUUGCACUACAUAAGUGUUCCCCUUGUCGCGUUGAUUAAAAAUUGUGGGGUAAUAAGUUUUGAGACUGGCUGUGAGUCUUAGACCUUAAUGAUUAUACAAUAUACUAAGGUUAAUAUUUUCUGCAGUUCCUUAAAGCUGAGGUCAGAACCCCACAACUAUGAUUGGUCUUCGAGUGGCAGGUUUUAAAAAAAAAACAGCAGCUCUCGUUGCCAACAAGACAAACCCAAAAUCUACAAACA